CUCUGAACAGGUACUGGUAUUGAAAGAUUUAUUGUGUGGAAAAGAAAUUGGUCACUUGUUGAAAAUCAAUGCCACCCUGAAGAAUAAUCUGUUGGGUCAAACCUCAUAAUCUCACCAUUGAAUCAAGAAUGGCUUCUUCAGACCUGACAAAUGCAUUAUCAAAUGCCAGAUCUGGUGAAGGCCAAGAAGCUUUGUUGCAGGCAGCAAUUAAGUUCCUGGAAAAUGCACAGAUCCAAGGAAGGCCAAUCACUGAGAAAUUGGAAUUUCUGCGGAAGAAAGGACUCUCAGAAGAAAACAUCCAGGAAGCCCUGAGCCAGCUCAUCAAACCAUACUGGCCGUUCUCAAGAAACAGACGAAGGGGUAUGUCACAUUCAUCAUCCCCUGAAGAUACAGAGAGGUUUCUGCACUCAUUGAGUCAGAGUCUUCUGGAGAUGCGAGUGAGUGUGGAAGAGAUCAAGGAACGUUUGACAGUCACAGCUGAAGUCCAAAAGCAUCAACAUCUUUUGGAAGACCUGAAGAAAGAAGUUGCUUCCCUAAAAGGUCUUCUCCUAAGCAGGCAUCAGUUUCCAUCCAUGCCUAAUCCAGGAAUACCUGAAUGGCAGAAGGUUAAAAAAGGGGGAGGAAAUAUAAAUUCAAUCAAGGAGAAUGGGCAUGCUGAUGGGAUCAAGGAAAACGGCAUGUUUAGUCCUCUGGAGGAGAAUGGGACACAUGAACAGAGUUGUCUGGCCCUGGGCCAUGUCUUCUCCCCAGCAAGGUGGGACAGGGUAGAAACUCCUAUAAAUGCAGCACUUGAGCAUGCUGGUGGAAAUCAGCAAGGCUGA